AUGCAAACAUUUAGGCGGUGUCAGUCGCAAUUAACAAAUUUCGAUAUAAUACUGGUUGGCCAAUUAGCUCUUCGGCUUUUGUCUGGCGCUUUUCAUUAUUAUUGUUUGUUCGGCGGCGACGGCGGCUCUGCUGAAAAGCCUUUGAAAAAGCGCGCAGCUGAGUUUGGGGGCCGUUAGAAAGUUGGUUGGCGAAAAACAUACAAAAACACCGAAUUAUCCAUAUUCUUUCACUGCAAAUCACACACUAUCUGUGCCGUUUUAUCCCGGCGAUUAAUCGGUUAUCGAGUGCGUUUUGUUAUAUUAAUAUAUUUUCUUUAA